CACAUCUUCGAUUAGACGAUUACCAUAUGAAGCAUUCACCCCAUUCGGCAGCGAAAAAUUAUCUACUGAUUUUUUUUAUUUUUCUAGAUGAGUAGUAGUAGUUCCUAACUGCUGUCAGAAUCAUUAGCCAAGAAAUAGUUGGGAAUAAAUGCUCCAUAAUUGGACUAGAGAUUGCUUAAUUUUUUUUCCGACCAACUACUUGCUUGUCUUGCUCAUACAAGCGCUUAAUCUGUGGUGUGUAAGGUGAUGCCUUGCUCGUUGAUGUUGCUCUGAACCAUCAACCAUGGCUGCUGGCAAGUCCGACGGGUCGUCGGACGCGGCCAGCCUCGCCCUCCGCAUCGCCACCGUGGCGCUGUCGGUGGCGUCGGCGGCCAUGAUGGCGUCCGCAUCCCAGCGCUCCUGCGCCGGCUGCGUUCCGGCGAGCCAGGUUUCCGUCUCCUACAGCGACUACAGCUCCCUCAAGUAUUCUCUCGUCGCCAAUAUCAUCUCGGCGGCGCUGCAGGCGGCGGCGGCGUGGCUGGCGGCGCGCGGCAGGGAGGGCGAAGGCAAGGCGGCCAGGUCGCUGGCCGAGCUCGUCGACACGGCCGCGCAGGUGUUCCUCUACUCCUCGUCGGCGCUGGCGUUCUCGGUGGACGACUUCGGCACCUGCGGCCACAGGGUCGCCGGCGUCUGCAAGGGCUCCGGCGAGUUCUGCCAGCGGGUCCGCGCGUCCGGUGCCGUCUCGAUGGCGGCGGCCGUCGCCCUGGCUGCGUCCAAGUACCUGAAGGACGUGCCGGUCUCGACUUGGUUCAAGGGUGAUGAAACGAAGAAGGCGAAGUCGGGUUGUGGCCGCGGCUGCCAUUGCCACCAUUAGCUCAACUUCGUCAGAUUAUGAAAUUUGCAGAAACUUGUUUCGCUUGAGUUGUUCAGUUGAUUGAUUCCUACUUUUCGAUUGAUUUUACCAUGAUC